CGAGCUGCAGUGAACGUACCGCAGACACGCUUCCUUUAGCGGUCUAUUCGGAUUGGCAGGAUUUCUAUCUCGAAAACAUGGGGGACGAUUUGGGUGACGAUUGGUGGAACCGUGAAGAUGUAUCCGAGGCAGAGGAAGAAGCAGAGCAGGAGAAACAGCAGCCAGCAGAAAAGGCAAAGACAAAACCAGAGAAGAGGAAGAGGGCGACGGAGAAAAGCCCUAAAGCCAAGAAAAAGAAAACUAAUGAUCAGAAAGAGUGUGUAAUUCCUCAAAAGAAAGAGACUGAAGAGCAGCAGUCAGCUAAACCGCAAAGGAAGAGAAAAAGAAAGAAGAAAACCAUCACGGACGUGUUGGCCACCUCGGAGCCAAAGCCGGGCACUGCGACUGACCUGCAGGGUGUGGUCGCCCAGUACUUCUCAGACAAGCGCUCGGUGAUCGAGCUGGAGGAGCUCCAAUUGCAGAACUCCUGCUUCCUAUCCAGUAAUGACUUGACGCACACACUCUCCUCUUAUCUGAAACAAGUGUGUCCCAAGUGGGCAAAGAUCCAAAAGCAGCAUAAAGAAAAGAGUUCAGUGGUGAUACUCAUUGUCUGCAGCUCCGCGCUUCGAACCAUCGACCUCAUCAAGCAGCUGACUGCUUUCAAGGGGGAAGGCAGAGCCGUGAAACUUUUUGCAAAGCACAUCAAGGUAGAGGAGCAGGUGAAGCUGCUGCAGAAAGCCGUCACACACAUCGGAGUGGGCACACCGGGCAGGAUCAACGCUCUCAUUGAGAAAGAGGGUUUGAACCUGAAGGCUUUGAGGUACCUGGUUGUUGACUGGAACUGGAGGGACCAGAAGCUCAGGAGGAUGGUGGAUAUUCCUGAGAUCAAAAUGGACUUCAUGAAGCUGCUGGACAAUGGAGUGCUGGCUGCUUGUAAAGAAGACAAGGUCAAAAUAGGACUAUUUUAAAUGAAUAGAGAGGCCUCUUCCUGUUUGCAUCCUUCUGUGUUGAUGUCAGUUGUCCACUGAUCUUUUAUAUUGUUUUUUGUUAGAUCAGAGUUCCUUCACAGUCCUGAAAAGUGUAGAAAAGUGUAUCAUUUUCUGUAAUUUUCCAGAUCUGUCUUAGUAGGGAAAAAAGAAAAAAAAAUGGAAAUGUUGAGUUUCCAGGUUUUAUGCCUUAUUGAUGUUCCUAAAAAAAUAACUUUUACAUUUAAAUUCCAUAUCACACGUCAAGGUUUAUAGCUGUGUAACAUCAGUUUUUUGCUGUUUUUGAGCGAGGGACAGAUCCUACGUUUAUUCAAAACCUAAUAGAGGCGAGGAGGGGGGGUCUGGUGUUUAAUGCUAAAUGCAGCAUCUAAACCGGUGUUUUUUGUCGUUGCAAAAGGAAGAAAAGAUAUCUCAAAAUCUGUACUUGAUCUCAAACUACCAGAAGACGACUUCAGAGUGACGUUGUUUCAUGAAAACCCAACUGCUGUAAAAGCAUUUUAAAGAAAAUGUCCUUUUACUUUGACUAGAAUGUUAUUUAAGCUGCUUAAAAGUGCAGAAAGUAUGGAAAUGUAUGACAUUUUGAAGUGGAAUUGGUGUAGUGACCGUUAUCUUGUGUAAACUGCGUACCGAUGUGUCAUGCAUGGAAUAAAGUGGCUCAGUAUAAAACCUC